AUGGGAAAGAAAGCGAAGAAGCCAGGGAAAGGAAAAGAGAAAACGGAAAAGAAAACAGCCAAAGCAGAGGAAAAACGAGCUCGCAGAGAAUCCAAAAAACUCUCACCUGAAGAUGACAUAGAUGCUAUUCUGUCGAGUAUUCAAAAAGAAGAGGCCAAAAAGAAGGAAGUGCAUAUUGAAGACAAUGUGCCUGCACCAUCUCCAAGAUCGAAUUGUUCGUUAACAAUCAAUCCUUUGAAAGACACGGAGUUGAUUCUGUAUGGAGGUGAAUUCUACAAUGGGAGCAAGACAUUUGUAUAUGGAGAUCUAUACCGAUUUGAUGUCGAAAAGCAAGAGUGGAAAUUGAUUUCAAGCCCUAAUAGUCCACCUCCUCGGAGUGCUCAUCAGGCUGUUUCCUGGAAGAAUUAUCUUUAUGUUUAUGGUGGUGAAUUCACAUCUCCUAACCAAGAGCGUUUCCACCACUACAAGGACUUCUGGAUGCUGGACCUGAAAACAAAUCAGUGGGAGCAGCUAAAUUAUAAAGGUUGUCCUUGUCCACGUUCAGGUCACCGAAUGGUCUUGUACAAACACAAGAUUAUAGUUUUUGGAGGCUUCUAUGACACUCUUAGAGAAGUGAGGUACUUCAAUGAUUUGCACGUAUUUGACCUUGAUCAGUUUAAGUGGCAAGAGAUAAAACCUACUCCUGGGUGCAUGUGGCCAAGUCCUCGAAGUGGCUUCCAGUUUGUUGUUUACCAAGAUGAGAUUUAUUUAUACGGAGGCUAUUCAAAAGAGGUUUCAUCAGAUAAAAGUGUCUCUGAGAAAGGAAUUGUUCAUUCAGACAUGUGGCGCCUUGAUCCCAGGACUUGGGAGUGGAACAAGGUGAAGAAGAGUGGGAUGCCUCCAGGACCCCGUGCUGGGUUCUCUAUGUACCCCUUGGAGCUGCGAAAAGAGAAGGCAACUAAGGAUAAGUUGAAGAAGAGUUCUGAUGAGAGACACAGUGAUGUGUCCCUUGAAAGCAAGACAGGUGUGGUGGACAGGGACAAUGCUGUAUCAUAUGGUGAAGAUGACAAUUCAGAUGACGAUGACACUGAGAUUGAAAGUGGCAUGAGUAAUAUCUCUUUAAAUAUGAAAAGAAAUGCAGUGAUUACUAAUGGCAAGGUACCUACUGAAUCUGACGAGAAAGUCCGUGAUACUGGCAAAAAAGUUUCUGUGCAAAAUUCCAUUUUACCAGAGAUAGUGAAGCCUUGUGGACGUAUCAAUUCCUGUAUGGUUGUGGGAAAAGACACAUUAUACAUCUAUGGGGGUAUGAUGGAAAUUAGAGAUCAAGAGAUUACUCUUGAUGAUCUUUAUAUGCUUAACCUCAGCAAACUGGAUGAAUGGAAAUGCUUAAUACCGGCAUCUGAAUCAGAGUGGAUUGAAGCCUCAGAUAACGAUGAUGAUGAUGAUGAUGAUGAUGAUGAUGAAGAUGAUAGUGAAAAUGAAGACGGUGACGAUGAAGAUGAUAGUGAAGAUUCUGUUGAUGAAGAUGGUGAUGUAGAGGCUACAAGUGGUGGCGAAAGGUCGCUCCAAAUGGGAGCUGCCGUAGCUAUAAUAAAAGGAGAAGGAAAAAAUCUUAGAAGAAAGGAAAAACGAGCCAGAAUUGAGCAAAUCAGAGCGAGUCUUGGUCUUUCUGAUUCACAGAGAACACCAGUGCCCGGGGAAUCUCUGAAGGACUUCUACAAACGUACAAAUAUGUACUGGCAAAUGGCUGCACAUGAACAUACACAACACACCGGAAAGGAACUCCGCAAAGAUGGUUUUGAUCUUGCUGAAACUCGUUACAAGGAACUGAAGCCAAUCCUUGACGAGUUGGCUGUUUUAGAGGAAGAACAGAAAGCAGAAGAGGCUGAAGGACCUGAGACUAGUGGCUCUAGAAAGAAGGGCAGUAAAAAGAAAAAGCUUUCAGCAGCCAAGUAA